AUGGAGGAAGAUGCUGCAAGUUUGCAAAAAAAUUGCCCGAACUGCCAACUCAUAUUUAAUAGCACUGAGGUGAUCUUAAUCACUGAAAUUGAUGACUGGAGGAGGCCGUACCAAGAGUAUUUUCGAGAUAAAGUGACUCCAUGUGAUAAGAAAGAAAAGGAAAAGUUACUAAGACGUAUAAGCAAAUAUUGUUUAAAAGACAAUAAUGACCUUUAUCGUAAAGGAUUCAAUGGGAAAUUAUUGGUUUACAUUAGCAAUGAAGAAGCAGAGGAAGUUAUGAAAGAAAUCCACCAUGGGGAUUGUCGUGAACAUCAAGGAGGACGAAAGUUGUAUGAAGAAGUGGUUCGUAUAGGGUACUAUUGGCCAACCAUGGAGAUGGAUGCCAUGAAGUCUGAUUUCACCACCUUCUCAAGGAAGAAUUUGGAUCUUAGCAGCAACAAAAUGUUUCACAAAAUGGGCAGAAGCAAUCCCAUUGAAAAAGGCCUCUACAGAAACUGUGGCAACUUUAUUCUAGAGUACAUUAUUUGUCGAUUUGGAAUACCAAAAAGAAUUUUGUCAGAUAAUGCUACACCUUUUACAGGAAAAGCAACGAAGAAGUUAUUAGAAGAUUAUAAAGUUUCUCAUGGAAAGUCAACUAGGUACUACCCACAAGGGAAUGGUAUUGCUGAAGCUUUUAACAAGUUACUAUUACGAGUUUUAAGUCGUAUGGUACAUGAUAGUCCCACAAUCUGGCAUGAAUUUGUCCCUCUGGCUCUAUGGACUUAUCGCACUUCAAAACGGGGAUCGACAGGAUUUACACCAUUCUCCUUGGUAUAUGGGUCAGAAGCAGUACUACCUGCAGAGAUAGCUGUACCUUUUGCCAAGUUGGCCAUGGCAGCAAGAAUGGAUGUGCAUCAAGCAAGGCUAGAAGAAUUGGAAUUGGUGGAUGAACGAAGGGAAAAAUCCAAAGAUAACCUACUACAAUAUCAACGACGUAUGGCACGUGCCUAUGAUAAACUAGUACGUCCAAGGAUAUUUCAAAAGGGGGAACUAGUCCUAAAAGCUACAGAUCAUGUGAUGAGAGGUAUGCACACAACAAAAUUUGUGCCAAAUUGGGAAGGGCCCUAUGUUAUUGAAGAAAUUAAAGAUAGCGGCUACUGCAUUCUCCUAAAUCCUAACAGUGGAUCGACACUUCCUCCUAUAAAUAUCAAGUAUGUGAAAAAAUACUUUUCUUAUUACGAUACAAGAUCUUAA